UCGAAGUAUAAGUUUAUCUUUAAACGGAUGUAAAAUCUUGCAAACUAAUUACAAGUGCGUUGAUGCCGUGAUCGUUGGGUUCCAAGAGCAUCCUCACCAGCUUACGCGCUACCUAAUUAACACUAAUUUCAAUUAACGCUGACAGGCCAAUUCGGUACCUCUGAGGAAAGACAGAUAUAAUGGCCUGGUUUAGAAUUAAUUCACCCCCUCCAUCCCGCGAAACACGUGUUAACGUAAUUGUUUGCAAACAGGCCCGCCUGCCUUUGCCUGUAUCUUCAUUGUCAACAUAUAGUGUUCUACUUUACUUGAUAAAAAGCUAAACUCCAAACAUAUCACGCUCGAAAAACUGUUCUAAUGACGUAGUCCAACAUAUGCUUAGCUUAUGUGCUGAGAUCAGUAGCGUUCUUUGGUUAGCGUGACUUCUAGAAUAAUUUAGUCUAAAACUAGUUGCGCAUCAUUCACCACAGAAUGUCAGCAGCGAGUCUUAUACAAGACGCAAUGGCUGAAGAGGAAGGAGGUAAAAAGAAAAUAGGUGAAAAAGACGAAUUAGAAUAUGCGCUCGACAAACUCGGCGAGGGGUCGAAGCUGCUAUGGCUUGUUUUUGCCCUUACUGCAACGCCCACGUUAUUCAACGGACUCCACGCGACGUCCUACGUUUUUUUAGCCGAGGUACCCACUCACUGGUGUGCAGUCCCGGAGUUGUCGGCGGCCAACUGGACUGAUUCCCAAAUUAAAAACAUAUCAUCAGCGUCAUCCUGUUCCGUGUACGCCUACAAUUACUCGUACCUGGCUGAGCUGGGAUUUGAAGGUGCCUUGGAGUAUGUGAGCUCAAAUGACAAUCCAGGAAGCGAAAGCUGCACGGCGAUCAGCUACGCCGAUGACAUUGACGGGACGUCAAUCGUCGCUGAAUGGGAUCUGGUCUGUGACAGAACCGCAUUACGAAGCAGCGUCCAGAUGGCAUUGUCCUUGGGAAAAUUUCUCGGCGCUAGUACCUUCGGCGUUAUCGCCGACAAGUUCGGAAGACGAACCAGCUACAUAGCUGGUGCUUUGUUACUGAUCGUCGCUGGACCCUUUAGCGCCGUUGCUCCCUGGUAUUGGCUUUUCAUGGUACUCCGAGCUCUGAUUGGAGUCAGUAAUUCGGCAAUUUAUCAUUCUUCCUUCACGAUUUUAACAGAGGUUGCUGGUCCCAAACACAGAGCCUGGAUGGGCAUCGUCUACAGUAUGGGCUAUCCAUUCGGAAUGAUGAUUCUCCCGGGAAUCGCGUACUUGGUACAUGAUUGGAAACUUCUUCAAUUAGCCAUUACCGUACCGGCUAUUGUCUUGCUUCUCCAUUGCUGGUUCAUGCCAGAAUCCCCGCGAUGGUUAAUGUCUCAAAAUCGUCGCAAAGAGGCGCAAGCAAUUAUCGAAAGUUCAUACGGUCCCAUUUACGCGGCUAAUGACAAUCAUGCCCUGGCAGCAGACGAAAAGGAUGACAAGAAUUAUGCGCAAAGACAAGACGCUAAAGCUUCAAACGAACAGCUAAGUUUUUCUGAAAAAUGGAAAAGUCUGAUCGAGUUAGUCCGCAACGUGGAAUUGCGGAAGAGAAUAUUCAUCGCGUACUUCGCAUGGGCCGCCACGUCGCUUUCAUACUACGCAAUUGCACUAAACGUGGACAACUUUUCGGCCAAUCGAUACUUGUAUGCCUUUCUGACAGGAGCCACUGAAAUACCAGCAUACCUAGUACCAUUACCACUCUUAGCCAUAAUGGGCCGCCGUCCUGUUACAGUUCUUUUAUUUUCCAUAUCCGGCGUAGCACUGCUCAGUAUUUUACUAAUUCCUCAAGCAGAAACAAGCGCUAUCACGGCAGUUGCAUUGACGGGAAGAUUAGCUGUGGCCGCUGUGUUCAGCGUCAUUAUCUUGCACACUUCUGAAUUAUUCCCUACGGUUUGCCGAAACAGCGCCGUGGGGACGAGCUCAACCAUGGCUCACGUUGGCAGCAUUGCGGCGCCUUACGUCGUCGACCUAUUAGGGGCAGAAGUUUGGUGGGGACCCAGCACACUGUGUGGCGUUUUGGCGCUCAUCGCUGGAUUAUUGUCCCUGGUUCUACCGGAAACGCGGGGAAGACCUUUGACUGAUACCGUCGACGAGGAAUUGGCCGAGGGGCGGGGAAUCGUAUCACUGAAAAACUGUUGUUCGUUUAGAUAGAAAUACGCCCGCCAAUUCGCGUUAUAGUACAAUAAAUGCGUAAAUCAGAGAUACUGUCCAUCGUUGCAACUAAGGUAGCGCAAGUUCACGUUACGGCUGUCGCACGCGCAAGUGGAUGACUGGUGGCAAAUCACUAUAUAUCUGUCAUUUUCCGCAUAAAAAAAUGACUUAUCUGAUGAACCGACAAGAAAUGCACUGACUGCAACAAGAUUUAUGGAAGAAAUCCUGAAACCGCUGUAUGCGGUUAUUAUAAAUAUAUCUUUGAUUACAUUAAUUUUAUAAAACGUAGCUAAAUAUUCCUAGUAACUACAGGUUUUAAUACUGCUGACCAAGUUAAAUGAAAUAAGUAGAAGAAAGUAGAAAAUAAUAAAGUGUUUGUAUAAUGUAAACAAUUAAAAAUGACCGCUUUUUAAAAAAUAAUGUUAUGUACACUAAAUGCUAUACCCAAUACCACAAGCAUUAACAGUAUCUAAUUCUUAGCUACAAAAGUACAUGUUGAAGAUAUUGUAUAAUAUAAUAACAUUAUUUGAAACCGAAUUACAGGUCUCCGUAUCUAAUUUUUACCGGUUUUCGCGCCAAUACACAAUGAUAUACACAUAUGUGUAGGUAUAUAUGUAUUAUACGGAUUUCAACUUUUUGAUCGAUUUUGAAUCUUACAACUUUCGAAAUCGAUUAAUCACCUCGGAAAGUUGACUUUUAAGAACUGAAGUUAUUCAUUAUUUUCUACCUUAAUCUCAGAUUUUAAAUUAAGUUGAAAAAAUAUCGAAAAGUCGAGAAGGAUCGAUUCUGAGUAACCGAUUACCUUCUACCAAAAUUCGAUUUUCGACUGAAGUCAAAGUCGACUUUGUCGUCGCUACCGACGUAUGAAUGCACAGCAGGCGCUGUUUGACAGACCUUGUGUGGCUUUGUGGUAGCUUUGAUGUUUGCUCGCUUGUUGUGUGGCGCCAUGCAAUAUUUUGUCGCAAAGCGCUGACGAUCGAAAUCUCGCGUGAUCCGAGGACGCAUGAAAUGCCACCUGGGAAUGUAAUUGAUCCUUAUAUCAUAUUCCAUAUUAUUUUAUAAAUUGUAUCACAAUAAAUGCAUCGUUACUUGUAUAACAAAGGUCAAUAUAUGUAUAAACAAAU